CUUUAGUAAGAUAUCACGGUUGUCUUUCCGCAGCUGGAUGGAUUGACAAAGGCGACGAAUUGGCCACUCUCGAAUUUGACGUCGAGGUCCGUGAAAUGAAGUGUAUCCUGUAAUGGAUAGCGGAAACGUUAUUGAACCCAAUGUUGGCUUCAGUGCGUGUACACAAAGACCAUACUUGAGCCUUAACAGCCCGAGCAUGCUCUCACUCGGCCUCUUUCGGACACAGAUUCUGCAUGCUGUAUGCAGAUGCUAUCGCUUGGGCGACGUGUGAUCCAGAGCUGAAGAACCUGGCCAGUAGAUAUUCCGCCUCGAAUAGUUCGCAAACU